AUGAAUCCACCAAGUAUUUUGCUCCGAGUUGCGUCCUUGUUGGUCCUGGUGUGCGUGGUGUCCGCCGUCCCACAAGGAUACGGCUCCGGGGGCGACGGCGGGCUGGGAGUCGAUCUCGGUGGCGCAGGAGGCCACGGCGGCAGCGGCGUUGGAGGCGGCAGUGUGCUUCCUUUCGUCUUUGUCGGCAAGGGUGUGCUUCCUGAAAGUGCCAUCGGUGGUGGUGCCUCUGGUGGCGCUGCUGGAGGAGUCGUUGGUGAGGAAUACAGUGUACCAAGUGCUGAUGUUGUUGGUGUCGACGCUGAUGUUGCCGGAAGCUUAGAUGGUGGUGUUUCUGGAGGCGCUGCUAAUGCUGCCAUCGGCGAGGAAUACACCGCCCCGGCUGUAGUCCCCGAAGUCUCUCCUGUCAGCCCCCCUGGAAGCGAAUAUGCUGCACCACACUGA